AUGAGCGGUGAGACCACCUCCAAGGUGGGCGCUGCCCUGGCAAAAGGUCUCGGUAUCAAGGUCGCCUACAGAGAUCCUCUGGGCCCGACCCGCGACCCCGUCACCAGAGGCGAAUCGACAUUCUCUAUGGGCACUGUCGACACAUAUGAAUACAACGAGCCCGAACCAACAAGUCUCGACUGGAUCCGUGAGGUUCUCCCAUCCGGACGUCAAGUGGGCAGAUACUUCCUCAACCUGUUCCCGUUCCUCACAUGGAUUGGCAACUACAACUUGCAAUGGCUGUACGGUGAUCUGAUCGCCGGUAUUACCGUGGGUGCAGUCGUUGUACCCCAAGGUAUGGCCUACGCCAAAUUGGCUGGUCUGGAAGUGCAAUAUGGAUUGUACUCGUCGUUUAUGGGAGUUUUGGUUUAUUGGUUUUUCGCCACGUCCAAGGAUAUUACCAUUGGGCCUGUGGCUGUUAUGUCGACUUUGACUGGAACUAUCGUGCUUGAAGUGCAGAAGCAGUACCCGGAUUACCCUGCUCAUUUGAUUGCAUCCUCCCUUGCUAUUAUCUGCGGUGGAAUUGUCUUUGUGUUUGGCAUGUUGCGUCUUGGAUUCAUUGUCGACUUCAUCCCUCUUCCCGCCAUUUCAGCCUUCAUGACUGGCUCCGCUCUGAACAUUUGCUCAGGACAGGUGUCGACCAUGUUGGGCGAGACUGCCUCGUUCAGUACUCGCGGUGCCACCUAUAAGAUUAUCAUUAACACCCUCAAGUAUCUUCCCACUUCGACUCUGGAUGCUGCUAUGGGUGUCACUGCCUGCGCUAUGCUGUACAUUAUUCGAUCUGCAUGCACAUUCGCAGCGCGCAAGCAGCCUCACCGGGCCAAGGUGUGGUUCUUCAUCUCCACCCUUCGCACCGUGUUUGUAAUUCUGUUCUACACCAUGAUCAGUGCCGCCACGAACCUGCACCGAAAGGACAAGCCGGCCUUUUCUCUCCUCGGCCACGUUCCCCGAGGAUUCCAGCAGGCUGCCGUGCCCACUAUGGACAGCUACAUCAUCAAGGCCUAUGUUGGCCAACUUCCCGCCGCGGUUAUCGUGCUUUUGAUUGAGCACAUCGCCAUUUCGAAGUCCUUUGGCCGCGUCAACAACUACACCAUUGACCCCUCCCAGGAAUUCGUGGCUAUUGGUGUCAGCAACCUUCUCGGUCCUUUCCUCGGUGGCUACCCCGCCACUGGCUCUUUCUCUCGAACUGCCAUCAAGUCCAAGGCCGGAGUGCGAACUCCCCUCGCCGGUGUCAUUACAGCGCUCGUGGUGUUGUUGGCUAUCUACGCUUUGCCUGCUGUCUUCUACUACAUCCCCAAGGCGUCUCUGGCUGGUGUUAUCAUCCACGCUGUCGGUGAUUUGAUCACUCCCCCGAACACUGUGUAUCAGUUCUGGCGUGUUUCUCCGCUUGAUGCGAUCAUCUUCUUCAUUGGUGUUAUCGUCACCGUCUUCACCUCCAUCGAGGAUGGUAUCUACUGUACCAUCUGUGUCUCCGUUGCGGUUCUUCUCUUCCGUGUGGCCAAGGCCCGCGGUCAGUUCUUGGGACGUGUUACCAUCCACUCCGUGGUUGGAGAUCACCUUUUGGACAGCGAUGGAAAGUAUGGAUCUCUUGCGAACAAGAAGUCUCCCUCUGAGGAUGAGGAGGAUCACCAACGCACCAUUUUCCUUCCCAUCAACCACACCGAUGGCUCUAACCCCGAUAUCGAUGUGGAGCAGCCCCUCCCCGGUAUCUUCAUUUACCGGUUUGCCGAAGGCUUCAACUAUCCCAACGCCAACCACUACACCGACUUCUUGGUAUCAACCAUCUUCAAGAACACUCGCCGAACGAACCCCCACGCCUACCGCAACCGCGGCGACCGCCCCUGGAACGACUCCGGUCCCCGCCGCGGCAAGGAAGGCUCCGACGACGACAGUCACCUGCCCCUUCUCCAGGCCGUUAUUCUAGACUUUUCAUCCGUGAACAACGUCGACGUGACCUCAAUUCAGAACCUGAUCGAUGUGCGCAACCAGCUGGAUCUGUACGCCUCCCCGCGCUCCGUGCAAUGGCACUUCGCACACAUCAACAACCGCUGGACGAAGCGCGGCCUGGCCGCCGCCGGCUUCGGGUACCCGACCCCAAUCUCCAGCGAAGGCUUCCACCGGUGGAAGCCCAUCUUCAGCGUGGCUGAGAUCGAAGGUAGCGCUUCUGCUGCUGCCCACGCCGAGAUUAUCAACAACCAGCGCGAGCAGUCCUACCACAAGAGCGAGGAUGUGGAGAACGGACUCAAGAGCGAGUCCAGUGCUGUUGAGCGCGAGACUCAUGGCAUUGAGAGCUCGGGCUCCGAACACUCCGAUAUUAUUCACGAAGACAAGUUCCAGCAGGAUAUCACCGCCAGCAAGGCUUAUGACAGCCGUCGCAAGGUUGCGCUCGUGCAGGGCAUGAACAGACCAUUCUUCCACAUUGAUUUGACGAGUGCGCUCCAGAGUGCCGUUGCGAACUCUUCGGACGAGAUUCCACACAUUGGUUGA